AUGGAUCUCAGCGAUCUCGAGCAGUUCUGUCCCCGGAGCAUAGGGCCAGAUGACCCCUAUUACAAUACAACACCCUUCAACCAUGCUUGCUUGACGAAUUUCCUUAAUGAACUACAAGGUUCAUUACGACGGUACAGCCCGUGGGAAGCCAUUGCCUACACUUCCGUUUACGUCAUCAUUUCCGUGCUGGCGGUCAUUGGAAACGGCUUGGUGAUACUUGCGAUAUGCCGAAAAAAGUCGAUGCGUACAAAUCGGAAUGUCUUGAUCCUGAAUCUGGCAAUUUCAAACUUGAUCCUCGCCCUGACCAACAUUCCACUUCUCUGGCUUCCAUCGAUGGAUUUCGAGUUCCCAUACUCUAGCCUAUUCUGCAAAGUGGCCAAUGCUCUCCCUGGUAGUAAUAUUUACUGCUCAACUCUCACCAUAUCCGUCAUGGCUAUUGAUAGAUACUACUCGGUGAAGCGGCUUUCAUUGAUGUCGACGUCAAGAAAGCAAUGGAUCAAAGCGAUCCUGCUUUCAGCGCUGAUAUGGGUGUUUGCUUUGAUCCUCUCGCUUCCGCUUCUUCUGGCUUAUGACAUUUCAAUGCUACUGGUUAUUCAGGAUGUGCCAGUGAUCACAGACAAUGGCACCGAAGCCAUCCAAUCAUACGGCUGGCGCCAGUGCCAAAUCACUUCCGGUACAAACAGCGACUCCGUACAGGCAUUAAUGUCGGUGAUGCAGGCGGCGUUUCUCUAUGUGAUCCCACUCAUCGUGUUGUCGAUUUUCAACGUGAAAUUGACCCGUUUCCUCAAGCAUAAUGCGAAUCAAAUGAGUCGGAAUCGGUUGAACAGGUCUAGGGAUUUGUUGCAAGCCGAGAGUGAGAGGAGCUGCGGUGACAGAUCGCCAGAAUGUUUAACACCAACUUCAAAGAAAUUGCCGAAGCCAAGACCGGGGACUGCCGAAAGGGCUAGCGAGAAGCGGCGUUCAAGGACUACUGGGUUGCUGGUGGCCAUGGCUGGCAGCUACGCUAUCCUUUGGCUACCGUUUACGGUUGUCACUAUGUUAAUCGAUUUGGGGAUCCUUCAUGGCAGCUCGAACGAGCAAACCGAUCUCAUCGAAAACAUCGACCAAUCUUGCAAAGUUCUUUCAAUGCUCUCAAUCUGUGUUAACCCAUUCCUCUAUGGUUUCCUAAACACCAACUUUCGCCAAGAAUUCACCGAAAUCUACUACAACUGGCUGCGCUGUAUGCCAAGGCCACCAGCCCGCUACACCAGCGGUGUCGCUAUGGAAUAUUCAUCUGUAGCCUACCCUAAUCGCAUGAAGCGUUCCGUUCAGGCGCACCGCAACACCGUCCUGAAGUGCUACAGCAUGUCCCCCAACCUACCCCACGGACAUGUUAAAAACCCAUCCCUGCGUCAAUCCCUAAUUCUGGAGUCCCAACGAAUGUUCAACAGUCUCCGUCACUCAUUCCGCUCAAUGCGCAGCUCCUUCCGAGCCGAGCAAGCGAUUGGAUCUAGAGACCGUCGCCACUCAAAAUCACCAAUUGAUCGAUCAAUCGAGAAAAAUCUACGCCCCGUCCAGUUUCUCACUCCAACUAGAAGCACCCGAAUUACAACCAUUGAAAUAAGUGACGCCCCAAAAGAAGAUUUG